AUGGGAAUCAGCUGUUCUACCGACCUCAAGAAAAAACUGGGAAUUACCGAGAAGGUGAAGGAAAAGAACAAGCAUGUCUAUCUAUGCAAUGACGAGGGAGAGGAAAUGUCUUCCGCAAGCAUGCGCGGUAUACCGGAAAUCCGGCCGCCAUUGUCGUCGGAUUGUCAACACAUUGUGGUCACAUCAUGGGAGAUAAUCAAAAAGGACAUUGAGCGAGUUGGUGUUGUUUUGUUUAUGGGGUUAUUCGAGGAGCCAGAGAUCAAAGGCACCUUCCUGUCCUUUCGUGACAAAACUGUGGAGGAACUCAAAGCCAGUACGGCUCUCAGGUCUCACGUGCUUCGUGUCAUGGGAGCGGUAGAGAAGGUUGUGGCUCGUCUGGACAAUGAGGAAAAAAUGGUGGCCUUACUGCAUGACCUUGGGCAGCGACACGUGGUGUAUAAUGCACGUCCGGAGUUUUUAGAUCUUGUUGGUCCUCAGUUCAACAGUGCCAUCCAGCCAGCAAUGGGCGACAAGUGGACGCCGGAAGUUGAACAAGCCUGGGCGGAUCUGUUUCGGUAUAUCACCCACGUCAUGAAAGAAACAAUGAUCAUGUGA